GGUCUGAGCUAUCAGAUAAAUAAUAAACAAUUAAUUAAUCAUAAUCGCGGUGACGUGGGUGUGUGUGAGCGUAACUAUGCCUAUUUCGGCAUCGAAUUCGCAUCAAGGCGUAGUUGUUGGCUUAGAUGCAGCGGUCUUGGCAGACUGCACCUGUGAUGGAAUUUCUUGCACCAACGUUUUCAGCUGUGUGGCUGCUGCAGUGAGUGGCAAUGGCGUACACGAAAACGAUCAGUUUUAGCGAAUAAAUAAAUAAAGACAACUACUAGAGGAGCGUUGCGUGCGGGUGAGACGGGGACGAGGAGCGAAACGCGCAAGAUCCGUUUUCUUCGUGAUUUUUUCAGUUUGUUCACGGAAAGGAGUGAAAAGAAACGAAGUGGAAGUGUUAAGAGAGAGCAAAAGUGUGUGCAAUGCAAAGAAAGGCUGAUGAUGUGUUAUAUAAAAUAUUAAUACGAAAUGAAGGCCAAGAAGGUGUUUAAAAUGCAGCGAAAAAAUCAAUGUAUGCAGUUUUAGACGGACGGACGGACGGAAGGCACAGCACCAGCGCCAGCACCAGUACCAGCACAUGAAACAAGGAAGAGAGGAAGCAGCAACAAAGCACAGCACAGCUGAGCAGAGGCUUCGUGUGUGUGCGUGCCUGUGUGCUUAUAUUCGUGUGGGCUGUGUGUGGGAGGCAGCAACAGCAGCAGCGCCGCACCAAAGCAGCAAAUCAAAUCAAUAUCUGCAACCAAAAUAAACUGCAAUCAUGUCUAAAUAAGGCAACAAAUUAUAAUAAGCAACAACUUCAACACCAGCAUUUUACAACAAAGUGUGGAAAUUGUGCAUUCUGCCUUUGCCCGAUCUUCUUGUUUAAAAAAAGCAAACAGCAAAAAUAAUGGAAUUUUAGCGUUUUGAAAGUGUACUUCCGGUGCAAGAACAACUCAAGCAGUAGCAGCAGCCGAGGCUGAAGCUGCGGCAGAGGCAGCAGUAGGAGCAGUGCAGCAAGGACAUCAAGAAGGACACACCCGACCAUGAUACCCACCAGCGUCACCAAUUCCCCGCCGCCCGCCAGCCUGGCCCAGAACGGAGCUGUUGCUUCCUCCCUGGUCUCGGCGGCAGGCACUGCUACCGCAGGUGGCGUCGGGGGAGGAGCGUCUCCAUCACCAUCUGCAGCAGCAGCAGCAGCAGCAGCAGCAGCAGCAGCGACAGCGGCACAGAACAACUACAGCUCCAUUGUGUUGGGACUGGCGUCGCUGAUCCUCGAGGGCAGACCCAUUGCGGAUGACGAGUACCAGCCGCUGGCGGUAGCAGGUGGAGGCGGAGGCAUUGUAGUGGGGGGAGGUGCAGCACCAGUCAGUGGGGGUCGACUUUCGCCGCGACCCUCCACUUCCCGGGCGGCCAUUAAUAUAACAACGAAUCCCUAUGCAGGCGCCAGCACUCCACGCUCUCCCCAUGGCAACGGGGCUGGUGGCGGAGGUGGAGCAGGAGGGGGAGGGGGAGCUGGGACACCGACCAGCACUACGACGACUCACCAACGUUGGACGCAGAAGCUCUGCCAGCUGCGACAGAUAUCGCCCGCAGCGCAGAGCAUGAGUGCCGAGCCAGAGCUGGUGUCCCUGGCCAUCAAUGAUCUCAACACUGGGGAUCAUGGAGACUACGAAAUAGUCCGUCGAGUGAUGCUGAAUCGAGCUGGAGGAUUUGGCAUGGGAAUGGGGAUGGGCAUGGGCAUGGGCAAUGUAGGAGUAGGUGGAGGUGGAGGAGGAGGAGGAGGAGGAGCUGGUACAAACAAUUCCAGUGCCGCCAGCUCCCCCGGCUCCAACUCCUCGGACAACAUAUUGCACUCGCUGCAGUCACUGGCCACCACCUGCCUUAGAGGCGGCCCAGCCAUGCCCAUAGCCCAGCCCUCGCCAUCAGAGACGCGUAACCUGAGUCUGACCUUUGGUUGGACAGCAUCAGGAUCAGUGGGAGCCGGAGCCGGAGCAGGAGCAGGCGCAGGCAAUAGCAACAACACGAUCAAUACCAACACUGCCAGUGCCACUGCCAGCAGCGGAGCAAGCAGCUCUGCCACCACAACCACCACCAGGCCCAAGCACGGGCCACACUGUGAUCAGUUCCUCAGGAAGAUGGGUCUGGCCAAGGGCGAGGCCACAGCCGAAUCUGAGGAGCACAUCUGUGAUAUGUCCUACCUAAAUAUGACCUGUAAUCGUUGGCGUGCGCACUGCAUGAAGAUGGAGGCCAUUCUGGCCCGCCGUGAUCCCGUUUGCAUUGAGGUAUACCUGGGUCCAGUCAGCCACAAGCUGCUGCUGGAGCAGUGGAUCAUCAGCGGCAAGGAGAAAGUGCCGCCUCCCACGAUGACCCUGCCCUCGCUGUGCAGUGCCAUACGCAGCCAGCUGUACUUCUCCCAGAUCGUGGCCUGGUGCGACCUGCUGCGCAAGUGCGAUCCCUCUGUCUACGACAGCGGACGCGUUGUAUUUGCCAGCCACAGCGCAGGGGAGCUGGCUGGCAGUGGGUGUGGUUCGCAUGGGUCGCGUCGGCCACGUCUCAACAUCUUCUACAGAAUCAGGCAGCAUAAUCCCGCGAUGUCGACCAAUGGCUGUGGCAGCCAGUACCUGGAAGAGAGCGGCUUCAGUGCCAAGGCUUUAGUGCACAAUUUUCCCAACGUGAACAUCUCGGAGAGCUUCAGCGUGUCCGUGUGCGUGAAGAGUCUGCCCCGGAUCAAUGGUGGCCUGCCGCACAUAGAGCCCCCGCCCCUGCCCCUGCCCCUGCCGUUGCCGACACUACCAACGCGAUCUUUGCGUCCGCCGACGCAGCCAGCCAGCACUCCCACAGGUGGCGGGGGCUUUCAUGCGGCUUCACCCACGGGCCUGGGGGCACGCACCACUGCGAUGAGCAGUUCGACAACGCCAACGACAACACCUGCAACACCAGCAACACCAACAACGCCAACGACGACGACGCUGACAUCCAGCUCCAACUGUGAUAAUAAUGGCAAGCAGCUGGUGGUGCCGUCAGGCGAUGAACUCGACGUUGGAUCGGGAGAAUUUGGGAGUGUGAGCCACAGGGAGCGCCAGCUGCAGAAGUACCGCAAGCGGAUGCAGCGACGGGACAAGAAACGAGACCAGAAAUCAUCGACCGAGCGCCUGCAGGUGGAAGAGCCCAUGGAGGAGGGUGAGGAGACGACUACACAGUCGGCUUCCCAAUCCCACUCCCACUCCCAAUCGCAGUCGCAGCAGCAGGUCAUGGUAAUGACCCUGUCGCAUCCACACCCACGCCGCAUAGCCAUGAUAUCCACUGGGACCCAGACCUCCCUGAGCAGCUGCCAGCUGUGCGGGAGCGAGAAGACGCUGCUCUGCUUGAACUGCACAGCCGGGGAGGGGGAGAGGGAUGAGAACGAUGACGAUACGACGGCCUCGGAGAUUGAGGACACGUCCAGCUGCAGCCUGAGCAGCGGUGAUCUCAUUGUGGGCACGCCACGGAACAAGGCCGAGCUCCUCCUUCAGGCCAUACAGCGCACCCCAAAGAACCGAAUCCGAAAGCCCCACCAGGCGGCACAACAUGAUCUCAAUGGAGGGCAGAACAAUAACCAGCCCAAGGCGGUGCCUGCCAGCGGAUGUCAGGUGUGCAAGCGACAGAAGACGCAGCACAACUUUGCCAACGGCCGGGGCCAUGCAAAUGGAGGCCGCAGCAAUGGCUACACCCGAAUGGAACAGGAGCCAGAGCCAGAGGCAGAGGCAGAACGAGAGGCGGCACAGGUGGCGUGCACCAAACUGUCGCCGAACAUCGAGCGCUGCUCCCUGCUCAAUCCUCAGUCCACAGAUCGCUGCAAGACCCCACCGCCAGGCGUGGCCGACCACAUUGUGGUGCAGUUCAAGACGCCCAUUAGUCAUCUGCCCCUCACGCCGCAGUCGGGCGCCCCGUCGCUGGGACGUCCGUCGCCGAAGCCCAGCCAGCUGCGUCUCAACUGCAGCGGAUUGGCGGCGGAUAGCGAGACACCGCCCCCGACAUCCUCGCCACUGAUGCGCAAGCCCCUGCCCAAGGUGAAUCUGACGACCAUCUUCUGCAGCUCGGCUCCGAUAGCCAUUGGAUCCGGGAGUAGAGGAGGUGGCGGAGGUGGCCAGAGCAGUCCAGCAUUCUCUUUCGAUUUGGCGGCCCUGAGCCACGCCCACUCACAGCUAAUCACCCCGGAAGCGGGAAAUCUGACCGUGCAGAAGUCCUACUCGGCCCCCACGCUCCCCAAUGCAUCGCUGUCGGUGUCGCCGCGGUUUGCCAAGCAGGCGGCGGCCUUCUACAAGCGACGCUCCCGCCACCUGAGCGAUCGCUCGGACCGCAGCUCCCUGGGAUCCGACGAGCAACUGUCCGACGAGGAUCUGGAGUCGGGCAUGUGCAGCCCAGCGGGAUCACCGCUCAAGAGCCUGGCGCGACUGGCCACGCAGUUUGCGGGCCGUCCGCUGCUAGGCAACCUGGAGGAGUCGCUGCUGCAAAAGCGUCUGAUGCCCAAGAUCGAGGUGAUGGGAUUCAAGCUGCAGCUGGGGGCCUCCGGCGGCUUCUGUCCCACCCAGUUGACCAUCCCGGCUGUCUCCUACUUUUACGAGCUGCAUGGCGAGACCCUGAGCACCCCCUACCUGUGCGAGAUUCGCUUGCCACGCAAGGGUUACUCUGUACCCAGGACGGGCACGGUGCAGGCCACGCUCUUGAAUCCGAUGGGAACGGUAGUGAGGAUGUUUGUGAUACCAUAUGAUAUGCGGGAUAUGCCGCCCCUGCAUCGGACCUUCAUCCGUCAGCGGAUACUGGCCGAGGAGUGCCCGCCCGCGUGCAAUGGCCAGCAGCAGCCGCAGGAGGAAGUGCACCAGCAGCAGCCACCGAUUCCCCGCAGUCCCACAGGCAGCACCACGAGCACCACCACCAGCAAAUUGGGACACUUCAUAACAGCUGAGCAGAUGAAGCGCCUGCGCUACUCCAUACACCUGAGGUUCCAGACAUCCCGCUCGGGACGCCUCUCGCUGCACACGGACAUCCGUUUAUUGAUCUCACGGCGCACCGACUGCGACACGGCCGCUGCCCACGCCAAGGGCGUGCUGGAGGCACCCAAUGAGCUCGUCACCGACACCCUGACGCCCACAGAGCCGCGCUACAGUGCGCGGCAGGAAAGCGCCGGCAAGAUUUAGUAGUUGCUAAAGGCCUUGGGCGGCACCUACCAGCUCAUACGCCGCCUUUGCCUGCAGCUCCACGCCCAGCUCUGGCACCGCUUCCAGCAAUAUCCAAAAUAUCAAUUGUAGUAGUCCCUUGGAAAGCAGACGGACGGACGGAAAGAAGGAAGGAAGAAAGGGGGGGAGAGAACAGGAAUCGAAAGAAAUUCCUAUGUGAAACACCAAUCGCUUUAUUAGUUAUUCUUUAAUCUACCUAAUUUAAUUUAGUUUUUUUUUUUGCAAAUUUUCCCCACUUUUCCCAUCGCGUGGAAAGUGCGUUUUGUUCUAGUUUAGUUUUGAAUUUUUUGAAAAUGUGUGGAGAAAACAUUGCGUUGUAAAAAUGUUGAACAAGUUGAAUAUUUAAAAGCAAUCGAAAAUCGAAAAGCACAGAUAAAAGCCACUAAACUGGGUUUUGAUCCUUCUAAACGGAUACACACUGUGCCUCCGGCUGCAAUCGGGCAGAAACGGAGACACCUAGCAAUACUGGUGGAGAGAGUAUGCCCUGUGCAUAGAGGAAUAUAACAUAUAAAUAUACGAGUAUAUAUAUUUAUAUAUCAUAUAUAUGUAUGUAUAAUCGUCGUGUAGCGGUCAUCUAAUCUAAACAAUUUUAAAUGCAAUUUAUCAAGUAGAAAGCUAGAAUUUUAGUGCAUUGAAUUGAUGGAUGGCAUGAAUGAUGAGAUGGGAAGAUGAUGUGAAAGUGGUAUUGGGAUGCGCUCAUAUCGAUCGUUGUUGUUAGUGUUUAGAGUGUGUUUUUAAUCAGCCUAAAAGACGACGCACUGCCCCCCUCCUCCGCUGUGCAGUGCGUCGGUCGAGUGGCAAUCAAAUUCUAAACAUAUUUUUGAGUGCAAGUUUGUUUGAGUCUGUUCCGUUCCGAGUUUUGUGUCUAUUAAGCGUGCCUGUGAUACGAUAUGAGCCGCAUGAGCGCGGGGUAUAUUUCUAAUAGGGGUUUUCUUUAGUUAAAUACAAUUGACAAAUUACCAUAUGGUAGUUUUUGGGUUGUUUGCAGUUGUGUCUCCUUUAAUUAGUUUUCACUGUUUUUUUUUGGUUUUCAAAUAUGCAACAAGUGCUUAUGGAUGCACCCACUGUAUACUUCAAUAAAAAAAAAAACUAUAUAUAAUGUGGUACGGAUAUGUGUUGAAAGUCUUGACGACAGUUCUUAUUCUAUUUUCCAUUGAUACCUGACUAUAACUACAACUAUAAUUGAUGUAUACUUACUUACAGCUAUUAACAAAACAAGCAAUUGCAAUCUAUGUAGGUGGUAUGAGCAAUUAAACUAUAUACGAUUACUAACAAGCGAAACAAUAAAAAGCAAUCAAAGUCAAUGCGAAUGCGGAUUGGAUUCGUUGGUUGGAUAUCGAAAUCAUAGUUUGCUUCAUUUUUUUUAAGUAGAGAGCUUAAUGUGCGCUGUCAAUAGCAAUUAUAUGUGUAACAAUAACACCAAUAUACAAUGAUUCAAUAAA